UGGAAGCAAGAGCCUAAUAAAUAAUUUAUUCAGCUCUAUCUUUUAGGUACAAGAUGAAAUUGGCUUUGGACAAUGACGUGUUCAUUCCGGUAACUUCAACAAUUGUUGGCAUUUUGAAAUUUCAAUGAGCCUCACUCUUUUGGCAAAAACCAUCACUUUAUUCGAGUUUUAAGGCGAUUUUUUACCAUUUGAAAGAAUCAAAAUUGUAUCACAAAUCACAACGAAAUCCUUUGAGCUUUUUCCAUCCUUUUUUGAAUCACAAAGCCCAGACAGGACUUUUGUUGAAUACCCAUAGUAACAAUAAUAGCUUUUGUCAAACAUUUCUGUCAAGCGCAAUAAAAAUUUCAAGUUACGAAAAUGACUAAACUGCCCAAAUCCGAAGAGAAAAAACCUCGCGCGACUUCAUUACCGCCCUUCAAACCCGACAUCCGACUGGCGAACGCUCUAAUCGGAGCUAUAGCGUUUCUCCAAAAGGCGAGCCUUCACGCCACCCCGAAAAUCAUCAAAAAAUACAUUUUGGAACGGUGCAAGAGUCCCAAGAAUAUGGAACAACUUCCCGGUUACUUGAACCGAGGCCUCGAGUUAGGGAUUUUAAAGAAGUACAAUGGAGCUUUUACCAUUGGGGAGCUUCAAAUGGUUAGGAAAAGGCAAAAGAAGAAGAUAAAGCAAGAAAAAAUUGAUGAUGAUAUUAUUGAUAAAACAAGUAUGGUUGUUUCUGAAGCACCCAAUGAGCCAAUAAUGCAGGAUAUGGAGCCAGAAUCAAAUAAUGCUACAUAAUUUAUUCUUAUCAUUUUGUGGAGGUAAUACAUUAUUAUAAACAUC